AUGGCUACCUUCCGCACUCGACCCGCCCUCCUGUCCGCCUCCGCCCUCCUCCUCCUUCUCACGCCCCUCACCCUCGCCCACGGCGGCCACGAACAUGUCCCGGAAGGCAUGGUAACCUCCCACGAACCUCUCGACUCCAUCCUCUGGAUCCACAUCCUCCUCCAAUCCUUCGCAUGGGGCAUCGUCUUUCCCACAGGCAUGGUUCUCGGCCUGGUGAAAUCCCGCCUUCACGUCCCGACUCAAAUCCUCGGCGCCGCGCUUGCCACGGUGGGAUAUUUCAUUGGCCAUCUGCACAAAGGACGACAAUUCGGACCCAACGCCCACGCGCAGUUUGCGAAUUGGUUGAUGUUCCUGCUCAUUGGACAGGUCGUGUUGGGGGUGUAUUUGCGGAUGCAUAUCGAGAAAGGGUUUCUGGGGAAGAUUCGGAAUGUCGUGUUGGUGCGGGUGCACGCGGUGAUGGGUGGGAUUAUACCUGUUGCGGCGUGGGUGCAGAUGUUGUUUGGCGGGAUUGCGAGUCAAGGGUUUUGUCAGGGAGAACACACUGGGCAAUGCGCGGCGCACUUCAUUAUGGGCUCAGCAUUUGUGGGCUACGGGAUUGUGUUGACGUUGAUGCUGUUGAAUGGACAGGCGUGGUUGGCGAGGAGAGGAAAGAGUCAGGAGUUCUACGACAGUGCGGUGAUCGCGGCGUGGGGUUGUGUCAAUACAUUCACCGAACAUCGCUGGGGUGGGCCGUGGGUGCGGAACGACUUGCAGCACACGACGAUGGGAAUUAUCUGGUGGGCAGCAGGACUGGUCGGAAUCUGGCUAAGCAAAGACCGCCACGGCCGACCGCGUCGAAACAUCAUCCCUGGCAUCGUCAUCGCCAUGACCGGCUGGGCCAUGUCCUCCCAUCCGCAAGAACUCAUGCUCAGCACGAUGGUGCAUUCCGUCUUCGGAUACUCCCUCAUCGGCGCUGGCGUCUUCCGCAUCAUUGAAAUCAGCUUCGUGCUGAGGGAUCGCAAUACACUCGUCGGACCGGAGGGUGGGGAUGUGGACGCGGAGAUCAACAGCUUCCAGUACUUCACGCCGUUCCUGCUGUACGCUUCCGGGUUCCUGUUCAUGGGCGCCACGGAGGAGCAGAUGGCGAGUCUGGCGGCGGCGGGCGUGACGCAUGUUUCGUAUAUUUUAAUUUUGUACAGCGUUUCUUUCUUGCUGUUUCUUUUCGUCCUCAUGCUCCUCCGCUUGUACAGCGCCUACGACGACUCACCGGCUGCGGUACAGAUCAAAGACGAGGAAGUCCACUCCCGUCCGAAUGGCCAUGUACGACUACCUACUGCGGCGGACCGCCAGGCUCAGGAUGCGGAAGAAUUUGAGUUGGAGGGUUUGAUGAGUGACGAUGACGAUGUAGCGGCUGGUGGGCACAAGAAGGAGAAUGGGCGGUUAUAG